AUGGAGAGAGAAUUCCACACCAUGGCUACCCAGGACCCGGUGAUGAUAGACCCCGUCAACGAGAGCUGCAAGAACUGCAGCGCCGUCAUGUGCGGUGGCUACAUCACCACGCUAGGGGGCGCUAUCCUGGUCACGGGAAUGAUCCUCAUGGCCAUCUCGUUCCCCAUCAACCACGACAAGGACGAGGAGUUUCUGAGAGGGAUCAUCGGCAGUCUGCUGCUGGUGAUCGGGUUACCGGUGCUGUGCUUCGGGUCGUGGCUGUACUGCAGCGAUAGGUGUCGCAGGCGGAGACGCAGACACGAGGCCCCCUCGGUCGUGGCGUAUCGCGUGCCGCCUACCCACGGCGUCAGUGCAGACCGGCUGGGCAGAUACGGCCCGUAUCACACCCGCUCCGGCGCCGGGGACGUUCGAUACACCAUGGACGGAGCGACCGUUCACUCUACCACGGUGAUAGAGACAGUAGGAGAGGAAAUUAUGGCACCUUACAGCCCUUACCACGGAUCCUACCAGGGGAGCCGGAACAGCCUUCUCCACACCCCGCCCUACCACGGCAGUCCCUACCUGGCCAGAAGGACGGACUCGUACCACGACAGCCCGCAGCACAGUCCUCACAGAGGGGGCCGGCCUGGGAGCCCCUUCCGUCACACGCAGUUCCACGCCUCUCCCGUCAACGGCAGCCCGCGACACAGCCCCUACUCCCGCCGAACUGACAGUCUGUCCCAGCCGUACAUAGAACGCCGAGACUCCGGCGACCAGGCUGCGGCCGUUUCCAGUCCCAGAUACCCUAGUAGUCCGCACGUGGAUCGCCAGAUUAUCUACCAAGACAGCCCGCCGAGGUACGGCGCCGUGGCAGCGUCCUGUCAGGAGAGUAACCAAAGAUUCGGCGACUACGUGGUCCGGCGGGAAAGGGACGGGGCGGCGCGGGACAGUCCGCGGCCGGUGUCGUCGGGAUCGCCGGGUGAGGAGAACAAUUUACCGCCGCCUCCGUCUUACGAAAGCGUCAUCAACGACGACUCUUAAUGAUUGUGUCGCCUCUACACGGUUUCGUAGCACACAUUUCUCUCAGACAUAAAGACAGAUGGUGUUCUGAAACUGGGAGAGCAUGCAGUUCCUUUUCUGAGGCGCCAGGGGUCGUAGGGCCAAGACGGACAAGGUAGACAUUUACACCGGCCCACGAUUCCCGACACUGGUCCCGACACAUUCGUCGAAGGCCUUCGUACGAUUUUAGAUGUCGUACAAUAUAUUUUCAAGUAGGCUGCGACAGAACUAACCAUUGACAAAGAUCCAAGACAGCCUUUUUUUCAUGACA